GAAGUUGAAGGUUUGCUUUGCAUAAGCUGCCCAGCAACGCGAAGCCCAUUGGCUUAUUAGAAAGGCGGUAGCUUUUGCGAGCACGAUGAAAGGUAAAAAAGAGAAAGAGAAGAGAUUCACAUAAUAGCCACUCAUUGGCUGAAUUGUAUAGCAGAGCGAAAACGUUCGAAGCGCGACCGCUUUGGAGGCCGGUCAGUUUCUUAUUUGAAUAGCAAGCUGCUCAUUGGCUGCCGCUUACAUAUGAUGCAACGGAGAAAUUGAGAAACGUUCGUAUUUACAUGUCGCACUACUAUUGGACAACAGCUGGUUUAUUAACUACUACUUGUCUUCAAGAAAAGAAAGAAACGUUCGGCUACCCUUCCAAUGGUCGUCUCCGCUUUCUCUAACUGGCUUACUGGGAUUUAGCCAAUCCUAUAGAUGUUGUCCCCACUUCCGGUUUUCAGUUUCAAUCAACAGUUGUUAGUUCCGACCCGCCAAGUGACGAUCAUCCUGCCUUUGCUCCGGUUUGGUCGAACUUCCGCCCUUACCAUGUUGGCAAGGAAGGAGCACUUCCGGAUUAGGGUAUGCCACGCCUCUGCGUGAACUGUGACAACUGAGAUGGAGCUGGAGAGAAUAGCCCUGCCCCCCCGGGGGCCUCUGGAGCUGCCUCUCUCUGUUCUGGAGGUUGGGUGUGCCGGUCGUUUUGAGCUCAUCACCCAAGAGGAAGGUCCUCAGGGAGAUGAAUUUCCACUGACCACGUUGCCUCACGGCUUGCCCCCUUAUGCUGAGGAUCUGGCAUCUGAGCUGGAGCAGCGCUUCCUUGACAGCCCGGACUGGCUUCCCAUCCACCACUUCGAACGGUCUCACAGGUUCUGGCCCCGUGAGAAAGAUGUCCAGUCGCUCUUCGAGGUGGACGUCACACCUGUGCACUCCACUCUUCAGGCUGAGCGCAACCCGACCACAGGGGAGCUGCUGGGUUUCAGAGAGGCUCUUGUGGACAACAUGGGCUUAUCGGCCAAGAAUUCUCUUUCCUUCCAGCGAGCACCUGGCCCCCCAGUUGAGGCUCUGCGAGGCAGUGCUACCAAUUAUCCCUUCUGGCCAGGUGGGAUGGAUGAACCCAGCCUGGAACAGAUUAAGACUCAAGAAGACCUGGAAGAGGACAUAGAUUUUGAGACAGAUUUGCUGAUGGUACCACCUGGCUGGAAGAAGGGGGUGGAGUUCACCAAACAAGAGCUCAAGGCCUCCCCGGGUUUGCUGAACUUGACCCACUUUCUGAGGGCCUUGGACACCUUUGAGCUGGGAGAAUCUAGCGACGAAGAAGGGAAACAGAAGGCCGAGGAAGUGGAGAAGAGGAAGAAAAAAGGAAAGGGGCAAGGGGCGAAGGCAGAGGAGACGCCCCCGGCAGAGCCAGCACCGCUGCAGAGGGCAAACAGCCUGGAGGAAUUAGUGCUUAAGGAGGUGACGCCCACCCCUAAAUCAGCCCCACAGGCUGCCCGGGCUCCCGCUCCUGCUGCCACCGCCGCUUCUGAGCCCCCCAAAGAGCAGUGGGCCAUCCCAGUAGAUGUCAGUUCUCCCGUGGAUGACUUCUACAAGCGAAUUCCUGACCCAGCGUUCAAGUGGCCUUUUGAGCCAGAUGUUUUCCAGAAGCAGGCCAUUCUCCACUUGGAGAAGCACGAUUCUGUCUUUGUCGCCGCCCACACCUCUGCCGGCAAGACCGUGGUGGCUGAGUACGCCAUUGCUCUCUCCCAGAAGCACAUGACACGGACCAUAUACACUUCCCCAAUCAAAGCGCUUUCCAACCAGAAAUUUCGGGAUUUCAAGGACACCUUUGAGGAUGUGGGGUUGUUGACAGGGGAUGUUCAGCUCCAUCCGGAUGCCUCGUGCCUCAUCAUGACGACAGAGAUCCUUCGGUCCAUGCUCUACAAUGGCUCAGAUGUCCUCAGAGACUUGGAGUGGGUGAUCUUUGAUGAGGUGCAUUACAUUAACGACUCUGAGCGUGGUGUCGUCUGGGAAGAGGUCCUCAUCAUGCUGCCAGACCACGUCAACAUCAUUUUGCUGAGUGCCACUGUCCCCAACACCCUGGAGUUUGCCGACUGGAUUGGGAGGAUCAAGAGGAAGAAAAUCUAUGUGAUCAGCACUCUGAAGCGCCCUGUCCCCCUGGAGCAUUACCUGUACACGGGCAAUAGCCAGAAAACUCAGAAUGAGCUCUUCCUCCUGGUCGAUGCCCGUGGGACAUUCCUUACCAAGGGUUAUUAUGAUGCUGUGGAUGCCAAGAAGGAACGGACCAGCAAACACUCGCAGACUUUUGGGGCCAAAAAGCCUAUGCACCCAGGAGCUGGACCAGGGCAGGACAAGAACAUUUGGCUGUCCCUCAUUGACAUGCUGCGUAAAAAGGACCAGCUCCCUGUGGUCGCCUUCACAUUCUCUCGCAAUCGCUGCGAUGACAACGCCUCCAUGCUGACCACCGUUGACUUGACCUCAUUGACAGAGAAGAGCGAGAUACACGUCUUCUUCCAGAAGUGCAUCUCCCGCCUGAAGGGCACAGACCGCCAGUUGCCUCAGGUUCUUCACAUGGUGGAUCUCUUGAAGCGUGGCAUUGGGGUGCAUCACAGUGGCAUCCUGCCCAUCCUAAAGGAGGUAGUGGAGAUGCUGUUCAGCAAGGGCCUUGUCAAGAUCCUCUUUGCCACUGAGACGUUUGCCAUGGGGGUGAACAUGCCAGCAAGGACGGUGGUCUUUGAUUCGAUCCGUAAACACGAUGGCACAAACUUCCGGGAUCUGGUGCCAGCUGAGUACAUCCAGAUGGCGGGCCGGGCUGGGCGCCGAGGUCUUGAUACCACUGGGAUGGUGAUCAUCCUGUGCAAAAACCAAGUGCCUGAGAUGGCUGACCUUCACCGGAUGAUGUUGGGCAAGCCAACCCAGCUGCAGUCCCAGUUCCGCCUAACCUACACCAUGAUCCUUAACCUGCUGAGAGUAGAAGCACUUCGAGUGGAGGACAUGAUGAAGAGGAGCUUCUCUGAGUUCCACACCCGGAAGGAUAGCAAGAUCCAUGAACACAGAAUUGCCCAGCUGAGCUGCAUCUUGGCCAACAUGGAAGCAGCAGAUAUGUCGGGGCAGCUUGGUGACUUACAAGAGUAUUACCACCUGGUCCGAGAGCUACAGGAAACCUGGGAACUCAUACAGAGGCGAGUCAUGGAGUCAGUGAAUGGACUGAAAGCCCUUUCUGUGGGACGAGUUAUUGUAGUGAAAAAUCAAGAGCACAGAAAUGCCCUGGGAGUGAUUUUGCAGGUUUCUUCUGACACGGCCAGCCGAGCCUUCAGCACACUGGUAAUGUGCGAGAAGAACCCGACGGAGGGGGAUUUGGCUGCAAACAAGGAGGCUGGUCUUCCUUCCCCUCCAGAAGCACCUCUUCCUGACGAUCUUCUGCGCACUGAGCUCUUCCUUCCAGAGGGCCCCUGCGGACACACCAUAAAGAAACUGGGCCCAUCUGAUAUUUUUGGUAUCACAACCAAAACUCUGCGAGUCAAUGCCGAGCGCAUCCUGGAAGAUUUCAAGAAGCGACAGAUGCCCAGGUUCAGGAACGAUCCUCCUGGGCCGUCUGCAGCUACUGCAACCCAGGAGCUGCUGCGCCUGGCCGAGGGCUCUCCAGAGGGCCUCCCCCUCCUGGAUCCUGUGAAUGACCUCCAGCUGAAAAACCUGGAGGUUGUGGAGGGCGUGGUGAGGGCCCGUCACCUGGAGGAGAUGUUGCCGGGGUUCCAGUGCUUGCACAGCCCCCACUUCCACGUGGAGUUUGUGCGAUUCAGGGAGCGCCAGAGAGUGUUGGAGGAGCUGGAGCAGUUGCGGUUCCUGCUGUCUGACCAGUCCCUACUGCUGUUGCCCGAGUACCACCAACGUGUCCAGGUUCUGCGUUCCUUGGGCUAUAUCAAUGAAGGUGGGGCCGUGGAGCUCAAAGGGAGUGUGGCUCGUCAGAUCAGCAACCACGAGCUGCUUCUGACGCAGCUGCUGUUAGAUAACGCCCUGACGGACCUGCGGCCGGAGGAGAUCGUGGCCUUGCUCAGCUGCACCGUCUGCCAGGUCCGCACUCAGGUGGAGCCCCAGCUGCCCUCUGUCCUUCAGAAGGGCAUAGAGCACAUCCGGUCGGUAGCCAAAGAGAUCGCCCUGCUGCAGCGCAAGUGUGGCCUCCAGGAGUCGGUGGAGGACUUUGUGGAGCAGUACAAAUUUGGGCUGGUGGAGGUGGUCUACGAAUGGGCCCGCGGCAUGCCGUUUGCCGAGAUCGCCCGCCUGACGGACGUGCAGGAAGGGAUCAUCGUCCGCUGCAUCCAACGCUUGGACGAGACCUGUCGCGAGAUGCGCAAUGCGGCCCGGGUUACCGGGGAGCCGACACUCCACGCCAAGAUGGAGGCUGCCUCCAAUAUGAUCAAGAGGGACAUAGUCUUUGCUGCCAGCCUCUACACCCAAUGAGGGGAGGCCCUCUUUGCAUUCCUCCCGCCUCCCCAGAAGUGUGUGUCUCUUAAUUCCUGACCUCUGAGAGGUUGUAAUGAGUCCUGCAGGUGUAAGCAAUAAAAGAUGCCUUCUUGUCAACGGGA